GGGAGGGCUGUGUGUGUGUGUGUGUGUGUGUGUGAGACGGGCAGACGGGGGCAGUGCCGCUGGCCAUGACCCGCAGAGCCAGUAAGAACUGGGCCGAGCGGGAGAUCCGGGGGCUGUUGGCCGUGUGGCAGGAGCGGGAGGUGCAGGAGCAGCUCGCGGGGGCCGUGAGGAACCGGGAGGUGUUCCUGGGUAUCUCCCACAGUCUGCAGCGGCUCGGGGUGCAGCGGGACUGGAAGCAAUGCCGCGCCAAGGUGAAGAACCUCAAGUACGAGUACCGCAGUAUGGUGAGCCGGCGGCGGGUGGGCCGGCGGGGCAAGGCCAUGCGCUUCUACCAGGAGAUGGACUCUGUGCUGGGCCGCCGGCCCCCACCCCAGCCCCAGGCCUCGGGCCUACUCGGGGAGCACCUCAAUGUGGUCAUCAAAGAGGAGGAGGAGGCGGAGGACAGUGCGUCCGCGCAGCCGCCGGACUUUGUCACAGCGUGUAGUCUCCAGCUACCUGCAGACAGCACCGAGGGCGACGACCAGGAGGUAGACAAACCCCUGUACACACCUGCAGAGCGGCCUGGACUGGACAGCAUCACAGCCGAGACAGAGGGGCCUGUGGAGGAGCAGAGGCUGAACACAGUCUCUGAGGAUCCGGCAACAACGAGCCCGAAAGAGCCAGAACCUCAGCAGGAACAGCAGCAUGAUUCCUCAAGUCCGAGGAAGCGUCUGAGGCCUAAGAAGGGCAGCUUGUUGCAGCGACACCUGGGCACCAUUAUCAGCAGUUUCCUGGAUUACCAGCGCAAAGCUGAGGAGCGCUUCUACAAGUGGGAGGAGGAGCGGCGACGGGAAGAGCGGGAGCACGAAAUGCGCAUCAUCCAACUGCUCCUGGAUCACUCCCGGUGCUCGCUCUCGCACACCCCUGACAGUCCCGAAUACCUCCAGCACCACAGUCACGUCUUCACACCUCCCCCGUCCAACAACUAGCCUGUCCCUACCCACAACCUGCUCCACUCCAUCUUGCCCUGACCCACUCUCUCGCCCACCCUGUCACACUCACUACCCUACCCACCCUGCACACCCACUCCGCCCCGUCUACCCUGCCUUACUUUGCCCUGCCCACUCUGGUUGUGCCACACCCGCCCCGCUUCCCGAUCCCAACCACACCGUGCCCGGCUCCAACAGCCCAACGAGAGAAUCCCGGCAAAUCACAGUGAUCGGAUAAAACGG